AUGCAGGGCUCAAACACCAACGCAGUGUCUCUCCAGCAUCCAGUUGGCCGAGCUCAAAGAGGCCGACAACCCGCCGACUCUCCGUCCAAGGCUGAAGGCAGGUCUCCAGUCCACGCCACGACGUUUGGAAUUGAGCUCGAAUUCGUUUUCGCGUUCAAGGAGAACCUCUUGCAGGAUAUUAUAUCGAAGUACAAUCUUGGUGCAGACAUCAUCAAGGCUCUUACCGCCGAUGAGCAUCAACAACUCGUGGCGACUGAGCAGGUGGCCAACGGUGUCCCCGUUCCUGCUUACGACUGUCGCGGAAGGAGCCCUUCGUGGGCAUUGCACGUCCCUAAGACGGACCUGACCUGUCUAAUGAAACAGUUCAAGGGCAUGGGCUUCAUCAGGUCCGACAAUGGGAAGAUGUGGGUGCGUCGAUAUGUAAUGGAGACACUCCUGAUUGCGAAGAAUCUUCUUGGCGAUAGAGGUCUUGAGGCUAAUGUUGUAGGGUGGAUUGAACCGCAUCCUCAGCGCCGAGAUGAAGUCGCCGCGGCAUCCAUUGCAUUUCCGGACGAAGAUGGGUGCGAUGUAAGCAUAGUGCUCCGAAAAGCUAAUGUGGGCUAUACGAAGUGGACGCUAACGAACGACCAUACCCUGGCAGGAGCACUUCCAAGUCAGCUUCACCAUCAUUUGAGGGAUCGGGAGGUGGCGGAGGGUGACAUGGAAAAUUGGGAUAGCCAUGGCAUGGAGAUGAUCUCCCCGGUAUUCAACCUCAACAAAAAGGAUGAAGCAUUUGCAGAGCUCGGCAGAUAUCUCCAAGCAUUGCCGGGGCAGGACACUUCGAUUCUGGAAUCUAUGUGGUCCAGCGCACAUGUGCACAUUGGGUUCAACUUCGACAAUCCGAAGGACAUGCCUAUACUGUUACUGCAACAUCUGGCAUAUAUUCUAGUCUUACACGAAGACCUCAUCUCGAAAUGCCAUCCAAAGAGUCGUUGCGGAGUACCAAUUCCUCAGAGAGAGUAUGAGGAACUCGAUGUCGGAGUCUUGAAAGACGACGAAGAUUUCGACCCGGAUGACUACGAACCCCCAUCAUUACCCAGAGAGGAGGAAUUAGAACAGGAAAACGAACAGGCCGUCCUUGCAUUCGAGACUGCUUACACAGGCGUCCACCCAGGCGCAGAAAACGUCUGUUCGAAUGCUCGACAUCUACGUGAAACACUUGCAACACGAUCUCCGCUUGACGUGAAGGACGCCAUCUUCAAGCAAGACGGAGAUAUCUUUGACCUGGUGGACCGUCUCCAACAUCGAGAUGAGAAGGGUAACACGUACAGAGGAUACAUGUACAACUUUGCCAACCUCGUCAAUCUGGCCCGCGACGAGACGAGUUGGAAAUCGAUCAAACCCACUGUCGAGUUUCGUCAGCACGCCUGCACAACAGACCCUGCUGUAUUAGAACGUUGGGUUACAUUGCUGGGGGCUAUUGUUCGCAAGGCUGAGGACAACGCUUCCCGAGCCGUUAGGGAGGAUAUGAUGGGGAGGGCGUACGCUGAGCGGGAAGCUCUUAAGUACCUUACUUCUACAGAAGGAAGGCCUUGGCCUUACGAGGAUAUGAGGCCGUUCUGCACGGAGUUCCUUGGCCUGGGUGAGCAAGAGGCCGGAUACUGGCAAGGGAGGUUCAACAGGUUCAAGGAUGACCGACCAUAA